AAAAAUCGGCGAAGGCACUUACGGCCUCAUCUUGCUCACCUGAACCAAAUCCCCGCUGGCACUCCCUCCAAAUCCAUUGCCAUAAAAAAGUUCAAGCAAUCCAAGGACGACGACGACGUCUCCCCCACCACCAUCUGCAAAAUCAUGUUGCUGAGGGAGAUUACGCACGAGAACCUUGUCAAGCUCGUCAAUGUACACAUCAACCACGUCGACAUGUCUCUCUACCUUGCCUUCGAUUAUGCCAAGCACGAUCUCUAUUUCGUAAUUGGAUGAUACAUCAAGAUUUGAAGCCAUCAAAUAUAUUGGUUAUGAGUGAAGGAGAGGAGCAUGGAGUUGUUAAGAUGGCUGACUUUGGACUUGCGAGGAUAUAUCAAGCUCCUUUGAAGCCGUUAUGUGACAAUGGGGUUGUUGUAACCAUUUGGUAUCAUGCACCUGAGUUGCUUCUUGGACCAAAACAUUAUACCAGUGUUGUUGAUAUGUGGAUUGUGGGAUGCAUUUUUGCUAAGUUGUUGACCUUGAAGCCACUAUUUCAAGGGGCAGUAGUUAAAGCUACACCAAAUCCCUUUCAGCUUGAUCAACUUGACAAGAUAUUUAAGGUUUUAGGACAUUGUUACUAUGCAAGGCCAUCCCACAUUAGAAAAGUGGCCUUCCUUAGUAAGUCUUCCACAUUGGCAACAAGAUGUGCAACAUAUACAAGGACACAAAUAUGACAAUGCCGGUCUCUAUAAUGUUAUACACCUGUCUCCAAAAAACCUUGCAUAUGACCUCUUGUCAAAGAUGCUUAAAUUUUCAGUUUCAACCUCAAGCUAUCUCUUCCUGCUUUGUAUGUACAUGGUACUUCAAAAUUGAACCAUUACCUGGACGGAAGUUGCAUGGCUUACAACUUUUUCAUAGGUACUUACUCAUACUGGGGCCCAAAGCUGGCUAUAAUAUAUAUUACAUGGUGAGAAUUUGCUUCAUCUCUGUACUCCAAGGGCGCUUAUCGCAGCAAAAGUGAAUGCAAAGUCCCAGGGUCAGAACCUGCUCUGAUACCAUGUUAGAUUUCAUCUUAAAAUCAAUUGACAUUAAGUGGAGUUGCCCAACAAAUAUAUAAGCUGCACUCCAAGGAUUGAGGCAGCCGAUGUGAGACUUGGGUAUUUCCCAAUAUAGUUGUUCCUUCUUUCUUAUAUAUCUAUUGUUUCUUGCAUGCAAUUUAUUCAUGCCUAGUGAGUAAAUAAACUUUCAAUGUAAGAUAUAAUAUGAAGUUGGAUUACUUUAGUAGACUAAAACAGAUUUGAUAUUUGGAGGAAUUACAAUUAUAUGUGGAAUAACGGGCACUUUAGCGGGAGGGAUUAUAUGAGUAACACCUUAUCAAAUGCAUUUAAGGUUGGAAUU